GUUUCAGUGAAGUUGGAUGCACGACACCGUUACUUUCCAUCGACUCCCAGCUAAAAAGUCUACAGUCUCCGCCUACAAUCUACGCAUUUCUUCUCACUGUUGUUUCUGGAUAGAAAGCUUUAUUAGUUACCCGUCUACCGUUUUUCGGAACACGUGAAGUGUUCGACAACGAUGCGUCGGGUUGUUUUUAUUGUGUUUUAUCUAACAGGAUACGUUGUGCUGCUAGAAUCUGAAGGAGAAUGUCAUGUUGGCUUGCGGGGUGAUGUAUGCCUUCACAGGGACGUCAAUACUUCUCUUGACGGAGCACCCAAGUUUCAUGGUACCUUAAGCAGCGGAUAUUUGACGACGCAUACAAAUACUAAAGUUGACAAUUUCCUAUUGGUGACGGUGGCUACAAACCAGACUGAUGGGUUCCAGAGGUUCUUGCGCUCAGCCAAAGUGUACAACAUUCCAGUGAAGGUGCUGGGCCUUGGGGAGAAGUGGGAGGGGGGAGAUGUGCGCAGCCAUGCAGGCGGAGGCCACAAGAUAAAUCUUUUGAAGAAAGAGCUGCUUGAACACAAAGAUGACCCAGACAAGGUCAUCUUGUUCACUGACAGCUAUGAUGUGAUCUUGCUGUCAGGGCCAGACAAGAUAGUGCAGCAGUUUGAACGUUUUGAUGCCCGAGUUGUGUUUUCUGCCGAGGGAUUUUGCUGGCCUGAUGAGGGGCUGGCAUCAAAGUACCCAGCCGUGCAGAGAGGAAAACGGUAUCUGAAUUCUGGAGGUUUCAUUGGUUAUGCCCCAGAGCUGUAUAAUGUGGUGACAUCAACUGCAGUUGCCAACGAUGACGACGAUCAGCUGUUCUAUACCAAAGUUUACCUGAAUGAGGAACUGAGGGAUAAGUUCCGCAUCAAGCUGGAUCACAGAUCAGACAUAUUCCAGAAUCUUAAUGGUGCUAUUGCGGAUGUUGAGCUGAUGUUCAGAGGGCAGGAAGCAUAUCUGCAAAACACGGUGUACAGCACAGCACCACUGGUGAUCCAUGGGAAUGGUCCAAGCAAGCUGGUGCUCAACACGCUAGGCAACUACUUGGCAAACAGCUGGAACCCGGAAGAUGGCUGCCUCAGUUGCUGGGAUGACUCAGUUGUUCUGGAGGACAAAGAUCCGAAGAGCUACCCGAUUGUGCUGAUAGCAGUGUUCAUUGAGCAGCCCACUCCAUUCUUAGAAGAGUUCCUUGACAAGCUGUACCACAUUGAGUAUCCCAGAGAGAAACUGCAUCUCUUCGUGCACAAUUCAGCAGAGUUCCACGCCGAGCUGGUGGAGGACUUCCUGUCACAGCACGGCGAAGAGUAUCGUACCAUCAAAAGGAUCAACCCAAGUCAUAAGACGAAGGAGUCUGAGGCCCGCAGCCUGGCCAUAAACUACUGUUUGACUGUGGAGUGUGAAUACUACCUGAACCUGGACAGCGAUGCUCAUUUGGAUAACCCUCACGCCCUUCGCCUUCUCAUCGAGCAGAACAGGAGUGUUGUGGCGCCACUGCUCUUGAGACCUUACAAGGCUUGGUCUAACUUCUGGGGUGCACUGACAGCUGAUGGUUUCUAUGCCAGAUCUAUGGAUUACAUGGAAAUCAUCCACAAUGACCGCCGUGGUGUGUGGAAUGUGCCAUAUGUGAACAGUUGCUACCUGAUAAAAGGAGCACUUAUCAGGCACCCUGAGCUGAAGCCAUCGUAUAUGUACAACCAGCUGGAUGCUGACAUGGCGUUCUGCACCAACAUGAGAGAGAAGGAUGUUUUCAUGUAUGUCACUAAUCGUGUGGACUUCGGUCACCUGGUGAAUGCAGACAACUUUGACACAAGUCGUGUAAACAGCGAAAUCUACCAGCUCCUCGACAACCGGUGGGACUGGGAACAGCGGUACCUACACGAGAAUUAUACUGAGAACUUCAACCCCAAUAACACCAUCGCACAGCCAUGUCCAGAUGUGUAUUGGUUUCCUGUGGUGAAUCCCCGCUUCUGCAAGGAGUUCAUUGAAAUCAUGGAACAUUAUGGCCAGUGGUCGGAUGGCACCAACAAGGAUGACCGUAUCGAGGGGGGGUAUGAAGCAGUGCCAACACGGGACAUCCACAUGAAACAAGUGGGACUCAAGGAACAAUGGGACUACUUUCUGGAGGAGUUUGUGGGACCACUGCAAGAGAGAGUGUUUAUUGGUUACGUUGGUCCCCCUCGAGCAUUUAUGAACUUUGUGGUGCGCUACAGACCAGAAGAGCAACCAUCGCUGAGACCACACCAUGACUCCUCCACAUACACCAUCAAUGUGGCUCUCAACCGACCAAAAAUAGACUAUGAGGGAGGUGGAUGCAGGUUCAUCCGCUAUAAUUGCAGUGUUACGGAUACUCGCCUUGGCUGGAUGCUGAUGCAUCCUGGGAGACUUACACACUACCAUGAGGGUCUGCCUGUUACUAAAGGAACGCGGUACAUCAUGAUUUCAUUUGUUGACCCUUAGGCGAGCUACAGAGCCGACAAGUCUAGGAUUGCCAGAUGCUUCUUUCAAGUUCCUUACAAGAAUCAUCCUUUCAUAUCAAUUUUUUUUUUUUUUUCAUUUAUUUUUAUGGAUUGCAGUAUCUUGCAGUGCUGACCUGUCAGACUCAAGACAGUCAGUAAACCUGAUGGAUGCCGUGAGAACAUUUUGUAUUUUUGUGCCAAAGGAUCACAGAGUAUCUUGCUUCAGUAGCUGAAAUUACUUCUUGUUAUGCGUCCUGUAUUUACAAAAUCCUAUCCAGAGUCAAUACAGUACUUCACAUUCCCCUGGGCCAUAGGAUCAAUUUGAAUGUUAUCUUCCUGCCUCUUACUGGAUGUGGAUCAUAGAAACCAAGGAAGGUCAUCAUUCCUUUUCCACUGUGCUAAUGUAAUAAAUACUCUUUUUAAAAGCUAGAAUAUAUACUAAUAAAGUGUUUGCAAGAAUGCUGAGACUAAUUUCAGAUUGCAGUCAUUAUGGAACUGGUAUCUUUGUUGUGUUCUCAGUCACGGAACAAAGUGAUGAUGAGUUCUUGAAAUGUGGACCCUGAUAUUGGGUACAUUUCUGUAUAAUGUGCAUUCAGUCUUUUAAUGCUUGAACGAUUUAAUGAAAUAUAUGAUUCUGUCCCUUUAUUUGUCCACUUUAUACAGAGUUUUGGUAGUGGUCAUUUUGCAUCCUACUGUACUGUCUAUAGCCUGCCUCUGGUGUCCUCCAGUGCCUAGCUUUGCCUUACGGAGUGGGCACAGCACCUUUUCUCUAAACCUGGAGGUGGGGACACCCAUACUUGAAAAUAUCUUAAAUGUAUUCAUGACAAUGGACAGUGUCCAUAGAUGAAGAUUAAUCCACCUGUUAUAAAAAACCAUCAGUGUUUUACAUCCAGUCAUUUCAUCAGCUGGCAACCCUGAGAGAAUGGAGGUACAAUUGUAUGUCAUGUUAAGCUAACUCCGUAACAUUGUGCUGUGUCAUAUAUCAGAGUGUGUGAACCAUGGCUGCUUGCAUGUCCAUUUCAUUAAACUGUUGUUACAAUUUAUUGGUUUUGGGCAUAAACAGAAAUAUGUCAGCCCUUAACAGAAGGUGUUUACUAAUGUGAUGACAUUUGAUAUCACACAUAUUAAUAGACCACACAGAAAUAAAACUGCACCAGACCCUCAUAUCCAUUUAAGAAAAGAUCUUUCUUAAAUGGUUCCCCUCAGUGGCUCCUUUCAGACCCAGAUGUUGGCAAUAUUUUAGUAUUUGCUUUUGCUUCAGGAAUGCAUUGCAGACUGGAGAACAGGAUGUAACUUUUACAAUUUAUAUGUUGCUUCCACACUUUUAUCAUUCACCCAUUGCCCUCUGAGACACCCAUUCUGCUCAGUUGGGUCUGCAGUAGAAGCUUCUAAAUUUCAUGCAUACGAUUUUAUAUUAUUCUCAGUGUUAUGCCCAUAAUUCACACACCUCGCCAUUUUGUGUAAAAAGAUUUUUAGAGUUGAGCUGUUGACCAAAGAAGUGUAGACAUUGUGAAUGUCUAUAUUGUGCAGCAGUGGUUGUUAAUCAUGUUAGCUGGGGCAGCACUGAGGUUAGAGAAACCAAAGCAUGGUUCAUAGCUAGAGUACAGAUUGAAUAUUUUCUGCUGGAGUUUGCAAAAUGUUUGAUAUAGGAUAAAAAACAUUUUGUGUUGAACUUCAGAAGCUUUGUAUACAAGAAUUAUGAGUAUGUGUAUCAUCAGUGUUGCCAGUCCUCUCUUGACAGAAGGUUGGUUCGAGGCAGUUUACUUAAGGACAGAAUAUUUGUUUCAUGUAAGAGUACUUUUAUUUAACAGGUAUGAUGUAUUCUAUUUAAAGCAUGUUUUUAAUGUA